AUGAUUGUGCUAUGCGUUGUGGCUGUCGGCAUUGGCAUCAUUGUUUACCAAGUGUGGCAGAGCAGCAAGGGUCUCGUGCUGCAAUACAACGAAUUGAAAGGCCAAGGGCUGUCCGUAUCGAAGAUCCAAGCCGUCGUCGCCAGCUCACCGCUGGCCAAAUCGGGCGAGGGAGGGGAAACGAAAGAGAAGUCGGUGAUCGCC